GCAGAAGCUUCCCAUAUCAGGAAGAGCGUGAGACCCUGUAGAGUAAAUACGCAGCAGACUGUAUUCACUUUCAGUCAGAGUGGGCCGUAACUGAGUUGAACUGGGAUCUUGUUUUCGAAGGAAACUAUGGAAAUAAUUAGUUUCGGGAUGGGACUGAAGAGGUGUCGUGUCGUUCGCAACACUUUCAUCCUGCUGGUUUUGGGGAAUAUUGCGACUGUAACAUGCAUUUAUGGCCAAAGUCUUGACUGUACCAACGACUUUGAGGAGUUCAUGUUUUGCAACUUUGAAGGGGAAAACUGUACCGAAUACAGUAUGACUCUUGUGAACGACAGCUGGUAUGGGGAGAAGGGCUGUGUUUUCAAGCAGUGUGACAACGGACAGUGCUGCUGCUCUGUCCAAAUGCCUUAUUUCAUUUCAGGGGAAACUUUUAAUGCAAGAAUUUGGAAAGGAAGCGAAAACAUUGAGUCAAAAACCAUCAGCGUCACAGACAGCGUAAAGCCCAAAAUCCCAACAAUCACCUCAAUCACCAAAUCCAUGGGGAACUUUAAAGUUGUUUGGUUGACAAACGUGAAGAGUAUUCUUAAUAAAAGUCUGACUGCUCAAGUGACUUAUCAUGUAAAAGGAUCCACAAAAAAGGAGUCUGUAUGGGUUAACCAAACUGCAGAUGGUGGAAAAAACUCCUAUGAAAUACAAGGGCGACUCUUGAAGCCAUGGACAACAUACGUAGUCAGUGUGAGAAGCUACACGGACUGGAGUGAAAAGCUCAGUGACAGUAGUAAGGAAAGGGAAUUUACAACCUCGAUGUCCUCAAAUAUUCUUUUCUUGGCCACCAUCAUCACCCUCUGUGUGGCUGCAGUCCUCAUCAGCGGUGCUAUAUUUGGCUGUUACAUAAAACUCAGAUCAAAAUGGCGGGACACACUGGAAAAAUGUCCAAAUCCAAAACUUCCUGAUAUGCAUCCAUCUGAGCAAAAGUUCUUGAAGCCUGUACCGCCAGUCUUCUCCUCUAUGUAUGUUGAGCCUCUCUCAGAUGACAGCAGACUGUGGUUUAAAGAUCCACCGAUAGACUCCAGUGAUGGGAGCCUUCAACAAAGCAGUGGAAUUGGCACUGGCUCCUCUUGUCUCAGCUACGCCAACACAGAACCUCCGGACAUAAUAAGUGAAGUUCAGGAUGCCAUCAGGAAAGCCCUCUCUAACGUCAUCCCCACAUCACCUUUGACCACUGGCCUACUGACAGACUUUCCCCAAGACAGCAGUCUGCUCUGUGCUCCUUACAACCUUUCUGAUGUCCAAGAUGAGGACAUGAGCUCCGGGUCAUCUGCAUUCCUAAAUAGAACCUACUCCAUCAUCAUUCCUGGCGGCCCAGCUCAGACUAUGACGGACAUCUCUGAGGUCCAGAAUAAAAUGCCCUGCGAGACUGCGUACCAUCCAAGUGAGGGUGCCACCGUGAUCUCUACUUACCAACAGGCAGCACCAUGUCCGGUCAUCACUUUGCCUUCCUCUUCGAUACCCACUGACAUUUCCUAUCAGCCGUGCAACACAGACUCAGGGACAUAUUCAUUUCAAGACUCGAGUCUGUCCUCCGUCUCCAGUGGAACAAACACAACUCCAUCAUGUGAUCCUGUAUCCAGAGAUGAAGCUGCAUGUGAGGGUUUUGAAAAUGGAAAAAUUGAUGCCAAGGCCAUUGUUUGUGAUGAAAAUCCCUGCUACGUCUCUGUGCCUGCAGAGUCACACAGCGUCCCUGCAGUGGAUUACAACUACCAGCCAUUUCAAAACCUAGUGGAGCCAAGCGUUUUCAUUUCAGACGUGAAAGGUGGUGAGAAAGAGGAGCAUUGCAACCAUCUUGAGGACCCUUACAUCAAGACACCUCAAACAGUCUUAAACUCUGAGCUACAGAGACCUCUUCUGUCCCUGAUCUCAGCUGAUCAGUCCAUGCCAAUAAUCACAGAGAGCGGCUACCAGUGCUUGUAGAGCUACUGUUUUUUUAAGCACUCGUUUUUUGUUUUUUUGAGUUUCUUUGAAAUCAGGGAAUGUGAAAUAUGAAAGGGAGUGGAUAAUGCUGAUUGUUGCAUGGCUCAGGUUUGUGUUUCAGUUUACUUUAAAGCAGCAGAGGAGGAGAGAAAAUUAAACUCAAGGUUCUUUUUAGUGUAGUGGAGGCCAUGCCGUGGACCACAUGAACUGUGUGAGUUUGAGUGUGUUUGAUCUUGAAACUAUUGCUGCCAUUCUUGGCCAGGUCUCCCUUGAAAAAGAGAUCUUUGAUCUCAGUGGGACUAACCUGGUUAAAUAAGGUUAAAUAAAUAAAUGCGUGGCUCACUCAGUGCAGCCUGCAAGUGUAAUAUAUAAAAUAUAACAUUUCUAAUUUUGAGUCCUGAUGUCAAGUUUUUUGCAUCAAUAGAUGAUUUUUUUAUAAAGACUAACCAGUAAAUGUUUUGUUUAAUGUAUUGAAAAAGCAGCUUAUAUUCUGUUAAGCCCAUCAAAUAAACAUUACUCAUUACAUUCAAGUCUAAAACUACAAAUGUUGGUUUAAGAGAUUGUAAUGACAGCUAUACAAUAAAGUUGUCCCUUUUUAUGGUUGUAGGUUAAUAUCGUUAUUAAACUAAGAAUUUUCUUCAUUUCCUAAUAAAAUUUGGUGGUGAGAAUGAAAUUUAUGCAGCAAUUUCAGAAACCAAACUUGCCCAUCAAAGUUUUCUCGGCUGUUACAGAUCAUCUCAUCACACAUCAUGACCUUAAAGCAUAAAGUGUUUACAUUGUUAUACUGCUGUUGUAAACAUUACAAAAUUGUCUGUUAUUUUUAUUAUGACUAUUAUUACAUUCCCAUUAUGUAUUUUUGUCAUAGCAUCUUUUUUGCAGGUUUAUGCUAAUUUUUCUUGCUGCAGUGUUUGAAAGGAUCACCUAUAAUGUUUAGCACCUUAAGAUGUUUGAAUCCUUAAAAACCUUGAGGCUGUGUUUGAUUAUUUUUUGAUCGACUUUUCUUUACUGAUAAUAGAAAUAUUCUAUGUAAAGUUCCUGUCAUUGACAAAAUGUGCUUGCUUCAUGCCAAGUUGUAAUGGUUAAAAUGUGCCAGCUACAGACAUGCUUUUGUUUUUCACUUUUACAUAAGGUUGUGUGAGAUAGUUUAUCUUCCAUAUUCAAAUGAGAGUUUUCUUUUUACCUUAAUGGCUGCCUAAGGCUGAGAAACAUAUCCCCUGAGAUCAUGUUUAAAUAUCUGGCCAAUUUUGGUGGUACAAUUUAAUACGAAGGAUAUUUUUGUACCAAAUUUGGCCAUUAGUUCUGAGUCUUGUGAAAAAAGACGUGAGAAGUGACAAAAUGCUGCUUCUUUAUACAGCCAAUCAGCUGUCUUUUGGAUCAGUUGCUAUCUAAGGUUGUGUAAUUACUUCCUCAUAUCUUUUCUCUGGAACUGCUGAUGCGCUUCCACAGAGAAACGUCAGCUCACUUGGUCAACUGUUAUGAUCAGACAAAACUCACACACAUCUAAACAAAAAAAAAGUGUUGAGAAACUGAUAGGAAAUGAUAAAACUGAGGAGCUUAUUUUCAGCAGAAAAUGGUUUGAUUUAAUCAUGUUGCAUUAAUAAAUGUGUCCCAUGUACUUAAUGUUCAUGUGAUCAAAUGUA